UAGGCCAUCCCGGUCAUCUUUCGUCAUUUUCCGUCCGGUUGUUUGAAUAAGCACCCCCGGCUCCGGUCUCGGCGUGGGCUGGGAUCCCGCACCUCCGCCGUCCAGGCCCGCCCCCGCUCCGUUCGGGGGUCCCCCGCUUUCGAUGGAACGGGAAGCUGACACCGAAUUCUAGAACCAAAGACUAUCAUACAGUCCUGUGAUCGAACCUGCGUCUUGUUUCAUCCUUCCUUUCUCAUCCGGUGUCCUUAUAUCGUCCAUUCAUUCACAUUACCUUCUUCCACCACCACCACCAUCAACAACAAAGUCAACAAAACUGACAACCCCGAAACCCCCCCAAAAUGGCCGACCCCAGCACCACCCCUCCCUUCACCCGCGCCUCCGUCCUAGCCGCUCACUCCCUCAUAAAACCCUACAUCCACGAGACGCCCGUUCUCACGAAUACAACUCUCGACCAACUCGCUUCCACCCCUCGCACGCCCGAAGAGUUGAAAGGGACGGAAUGGGAGGCUACAGAAAGACCGGCGAACCCAAAGAUUAGGUUCUGGUUCAAGUGCGAGAAUUUCCAGCGGAUUGGAGCUUUCAAGGCUAGGGGAGCGUUUCAUGCUGUUGAGAGGCUGAAGAAGACUGAGGGGCUGGAGGGGUUGAGGAAGGGCGGGGUGGUGACGCAUAGUUCUGGUAACCACGCCCAAGCCCUCUCCCUCGCCGCCCGCGAGAACGGCAUCCCGGCGUACAUCGUUAUGCCUACUAUCUCUCCUCCGCCCAAGAUCGCAGCGACAAAGGGGUACGGCGCCAACAUAACCUUUAGCGGAAGCACGAGUACCGAGCGCGAGGCGGUUACUCAGGAGGUGAUUGAGAAGACGGGUGCGAGGCUGGUGCCGCCUUAUGAUCACCCAGACAUUAUCCUAGGCCAAGGCACCGCCGCCCUAGAACUCCAAUCGCAAGUCGCCGCCUCCCUAUCCACCUCCGGCAACACCAACCGUCGCCUCAACGCCGUCAUAACCCCCUGCGGCGGCGGCGGUCUCCUCUCCGGCACCGCGCUCGCCUGUUCCGACCUCGACCCUUCCUCCGGUGGUCCAAUCCUCGUCUUCGGCGCCGAACCCUCCUUCUCCGGCGCCGACGACGGGCGCAGGGGGUACUACUCGGGCCAACGGAUCGAGAGUGUCAGUUCGCUGACCAUCGCCGAUGGGUUGCGGACUCCGCUGGGUGCGUAUCCGUGGAGUAUCAUCUAUGAGAGGAAGCUGGUGGCGGGGAUGUACAGUGUGGGCGAGGAGGAGAUCAAGAAGGCGCUGAGGCUGGUGUAUGAGAGGAUGAAGGUUGUUGUUGAGCCGAGUGCUGUGGUGGGGUUGGCGGUGGCGUUGUUUAAUGAGGAGUUUAGGAGUAUGGUGGAGAGGGAAGGAGGGGAGGAGGGAUGGGAUUUGGGGGUUGUGUUUAGUGGGGGGAAUGUUGAGUUGGCGGCGUUGGGGAGGUUGUUUGGUGAGGAGUGA